UUGUGGCGGAAACCAUGAGCGGAAGAGUUGUCGUUUCCGGGAUGCUAUGUGCCGGACGUGCGGGAAGACAGGUCACAUCGCCAGGGUCUGUAGAUCGGCGGCGUUGGGAGCGACAGGAGCACCUAGACUGGAGCAUCGCAGACCGCCCACAGCAAACCAUGUUCUAAAGGACUGCCACUACGUAACGGAGAUCAACGGGAGGGUCGUGCAGUUUCCAGCGCAAGGCAAGGCACACGUCAAGGUGAAGAUUGAGGGUCAGCUGUGCGACAUGGAGGUGGACUCCGGAUCUGGAUUCACUAUCGUGUCGGACCAGACCGCGAGGACAUUCUUCCCCAGGGGUAAGUUGCCCCCUCUGGAGCCCUUCCCGGCAACUUUGCAGUCAUACUCAGCGGGCCGCAUCCAUGUCAUGGGAAUGUGUGCCGUGAGAGUACAGUUCCGGGACAAACAGGCGGUACUCAAACUGGUGAUUGCGAAGGGCAGUCGCCCCAGUCUCCUGGGCACUGACUGGUUCCCCGGCCUGGGACUGAGUAUAUCAGGGCUUAAUUCAAUCCAAACCUGCCCUGAGAUGAGCGAGGCAUUAUGCAAAGAAUUUGCUGGUCUCUUUAAUGGAAAACUGGGUUGUUAUAAAGGGCCCCCAGUUGACUUCGAAUUGGACCCUGGGGUGGCCCCAAUCCGACUCAAACCAAGGCGAGUGCCAUUUGCACUGCAACCCAAGAUCGAAGGAGAGCUGGAUAAAUUGGUCAAGCAGGGAGUUCUCUCACCCGUGGACUCUGCUAAGUGGGAGACUCCAAUUGUCACGCCCCUUAAAGCAAAUGGGGAAGUCAGGAUCUGUGCAGAUUACAAAUGUACUAUCAAUAAGGCACUCAGGGGAAACUCAUACCCCAUUCCAGUCGUAUCACAUCUGUUGGCUAAACUGGCUGGGGGCAAGGUGUUCGUCAAAAUUGACCUGGCACAAGCUUACCAACAGCUGCCAGUAACCCCACAAUCAGCGGAAGCACAGACUAUUGUCACACAUAAAGGGGCGUUCAGAGUUAACAGAUUACAAUUUGGAGUUUGUGUGGCCCCAGGGAUUUUUCAAGGGCUCAUGGAACGCCUGUUAAGAGGUCUGCCGGGGGUCUUGCCAUUUUUUGAUGACGUUUUGAUUGCUGGAAAAGACCCACAGGAACUGGUUGCGCGUGUCCGUGCAGUGUUGCUCAAGUUCAAGGAGGUGGGGUUGCAACUGAAAAAGGAAAAAUGCAGUUUUGGGGUGCCAACUGUGGAUUUCUUGGGGUUUAAAAUUGAUGCAUCAGGCAUCCACCCCACAGAUGCUAAGAUUAAGGCCAUCAUUGAAGCACCACGACGACAGAACAAGACGGAGUUGCAGUCAUUCCUGGGACUUAUUAACUUUUAUCAUUCGUUCUUACCCAAGAAAGCUUCGGUAGCUGAACCAUUACAUAGACUGUUGCAGAAAAAG